AUGGCCCAACCCGCAAAUCCCCAGCCAUCACCAGCUCUGCCAGUAAGAACACGGGAGCAGCAACGAACUCGGAGAAAGAGAGGGAAUGUGCUCGACGAUCGUGUUCAUCCCAAUACUUCGACCGCACUACAGCCAGUGCGACGCCAAGCAUCGCGUUCACCCUCUCCCGCCACCGAUGAAGAAUCAAUCCUGGCAAGGGAACAAACGAGGCAAAGAGCCCGGGGAGACCUAGCGAAGAGAGAUCCGGCUGGACAGGAGAUGACCCAACCGUCGGAGGAAGAGGAUACCGGGCUUAAGUUACGGUUGGAAUUGAAUCUGGAUGUUGAGGUCGAAUUGAAGGCGAAGAUUCAUGGUGAUCUUACGCUAGCAUUGCUGUGA